GUUGACAUUGUCCAGUAGCACUAUAAAAGUUCUCAACAGUGAUAUGGCAGUAUUGUCAACCGCUUCAAAUACAUGUCUUCAGCCGGACAGUUGAAAACACAGAACCGUCAGAUGACUGUGCACUUCGGCUGAUUUUGUGGAAGUGGUUGUGGGUUAUCAUUAUGACUCGCGAUAUCAUUCUUGGAGAUGAGCUGCCUGACUGGGUUGGGGCAAAAGAGUUUUAUCAGAAGUAUGAUCCCAAAGAGGUGAUUGGCAGAGGUGUGAGCAGUGUGGUGCGCAGAUGUGUCCACAAACACACGGGGCAGGAGUUUGCAGUGAAGAUCAUUGAGAUCACUGCAGAGAAAAUGACAGAAAAGCAGUUAGAGGAGGUGAAGAGCUCCACGCUGAAGGAGAUCCAUGUACUUACUGUGGUGAAGGGCCACCCGUCCAUCAUCACACUUAUUGAUUCUUAUGAGUCAACAACCUUCAUAUUUUUGGUAUUUGACCUCAUGAGGAGAGGAGAACUAUUUGAUUACUUGACUGAAAAAGUCACUCUCAGUGAAAAGGAAACCAGGAGUAUGAUGCGUGCUCUUCUGGAGGCUGUCCAGUAUCUACAUUCUCGAAAUAUUGUACAUCGUGACCUCAAACCUGAAAAUGUGCUGCUAGACGACCAGGGACACAUCAAACUUUCGGACUUUGGCUUUUCAGUCCAGCUGGGGCCUAAUGAAAGACUAAGAGAGUUGUGUGGAACACCAGGAUAUCUGGCACCAGAGAUUCUGAAGUGCUCCAUGGAUGAGACACAUGAGGGAUAUGGGAAAGAGGUUGACCUGUGGGCUUGUGGGGUGAUCCUGUUCACACUUCUUGCUGGGUCUCCACCGUUCUGGCAUCGCAAACAGCUGCUGAUGCUGAGAAUGAUUAUGGAAGGCCGGUACCAGUUUAGUUCUCCAGAGUGGGAUGACCGGUCUGACACCGUCAAAGACUUGAUCUCAAGGCUUAUAGUGCUGGAACCCACUCUUCGCCUCACGGCCGAGCAAGCUUUAGCUCAUCCUUUUUUCCGUCAGUACCAAAAGGAGGAUGUGCGGAUCUUUAGCCCCAGGAAAACAUUUAAGGCCCUGAUCUUGACAGUGUUAGCCUGUAUACGAAUGCAGUGCCGCUACUACCGAGCCAGACCAUUAACAAAGGAGCUCCUUGCAAGAGACCCUUAUUCCAUCCGCGGUGUGCGCAAGCUCAUUGACGGCUGUGCUUUCCGCAUAUAUGGACACUGGGUCAAGAAAGGGGAGCAACAGAAUCGAGCUGCUCUGUUCCAGAACACUGCUAAAAUCAUUCUACUGGGCCUUGAAGACUUUGAAAACUAAAGGUCAUGGUUUUCCCUUA